AUGGCACAGACAAAUGUACACCAGCGUCUUGGAGGUUACGCGAAUGCUAAUCAGGAACAAGGCGGCAGAGGAGUAGGUGGUGGUCAUCCUCAAACUCCACGAGGCGGCGGCGGUGGUGGUGGUGGAGGUGGUGACCGUUCUGGAGGAAUGGGCCGAGGACGAGGUGGUGGUCAACAUCAACAAGGAGGUUCUGGGGGCGGUGGAGGAAAAUGGAGUCAAGGUGGCCAAGGAAACACACCGAAGCCGUUGAUGGGUUCCAACUAUGGCGGCGGCGGAGGCGGUGGAAGACGAGACUACUUUGUGAGUACUGGAUGUUGCUUUCUGUAA